UGUAUUUACGUGUGUGUUUUCUUGUUACGAUGGUUCUGGAAUUCAAUGCAUACUUCACGUAUCCAUAAACAGUUACAAAAAUCCCCCAAAUCAAUGGAGAAUUAGGGCAUGCUGUAUCAAAUCGAUUAGCUUGAAGAUUUAAGGAUUGUAAAAAAAUUCAGUAGUUGAACUGAACGCUUCGAUGACAGAAAUGGAUCAAAAGAUAACAGAAGCUUUGAGGAAGAUGAAUGCUUCAAAAGAAGGAGCUACUGCUAACGUACAGACAUUACUUCCACUUCUGGAGACAUUAAAGGUUCUUGAGAAGCAAGAAGAAGAAGAUGAAUCAAAUUACAGUGAAGUAUAUGCUAGACUGCAAUUGGAGAUCAGUGAAUUGGAGAAGAUGAUACAGAUCAAUGAUGCUGUUGAGAGAUUGAAUUCAGCAAAGAUGGAGCUUUCAUCAAAGCUAAGGGAAAUUAUAUCAUUAAAGCGCCAACGUGAUGAUAUUCCAACACAAGCAGAACUUAUUCAAUAUGAACGUAGGUUUUCAGAACUUAAUGUUCACAUUCAGGGAAAGCUUCGGCAAACUCGUAAAUACUAUGCAACAUAUAACGCUUUAUUGGAAAUAAAAGAACUGAUGUUGAAGGAAACUUCUUUAUUAAACUCCAUGAGUUCACAGUUACAUGAUGCACUUAAUAGUCCUGCUGGUCGAGUAACUUUGACUAGUUCCAUAGAUGGAAUUUCAAAGAGUAUUAAACAGAAGCUUAGAAAUGUGGAAGUAACGUUGGAAGCAGAGAAGAAAGCUUGUGAAGGUUUGAAGAAAAAGCAUGCAGCAGCGAAUUUGGAGAAAAGGCGUUGCUAUUCUUUGUUAAAGGAAUUUCAAGAAGAAUGCACGAGGAAUGAGAGACUUAGGAAUCAAACUUCUUCUGUCUGAUAUCUGUGGUUAGAAAGAAUGUAAAGAUUUAAAAAAAAAAAAAAAAAAAUUCCAAAUAUAGCUUAUAUAGUUAUACUGUUAGAUUUGUAUGGUUGUUUGGUAUAUGUUGUUUUUGUUUUGUUUUC